UUUUUAAGUCUAAAGGAAUAAAAGUAAAAAUAAAGGGGCAUUUAAGUAAUUGUAAGCAGCGCCAAGCGUAGGAGAACAAGAGAAGAUCUCUGCGAUCCCGUUUCAUCGAUCGGAGCUCGUAGGUUCGCAGGCGAAAGAGGAAGAAAGAGAAGCUGAGAGUAUGAUACUGGCGGUGCUGUUUGCGAACGUUGAGGGAAAUAUCCUCAUCGAGCGUUUUCAUGGUGUUCCUGCAGAGGAGCGGCUACACUGGCGUUCCUUCUUGGUUAAAUUAGGAGCUGACAAUCUCAAGGGUGCCAAAAAUGAAGAGCUCCUCGUGGCUUGCCACAAGUCAGUUUAUAUUGUGUACACAGUUCUAGGGGAUGUCAGCAUAUAUGUUGUGGGCAAGGACGAGUAUGAUGAACUUGCUUUGUCCGAGGUAAUCUUUGUCAUAACCUCAGCUGUGAAGGAUGUAUGUGGGAAGCCCCCAACUGAGCGCCUUUUCCUUGAUAAGUAUGGAAGGAUAUGCCUGUGCUUGGAUGAAAUUGUAUGGAAGGGAUAUUUGGAAAAUACAGAGAAAGAUAGAAUCAAAAGAUUGAUAAGGUUGAAGCCUCCGACAGAGUUCUGAAUGAGAAUGGCCAAUUAUAACGCAAUCAUCAAUCUGAGUUGUGUUUAGCAUCUUCUUAGUUGGAAUGGCAAGGCGCUGAAGUUUCUGUAGGAUAUAUGAGUUCUGCAACAGCUAUGCUAUCAUUGAGGCAAUCCUCUCGGUAUGAGCUUUCU